CGGAUAUAAAUCUGAACAAAUAGGUUAAUUAAUGAUUUUAAUACCUUCAUAUUUUUUAUUGGGUUAAAAUUCCCUGAAAUAAAAAAAUAAUAUUAAGAAAAGUAAUGUUAAAAAAAAAAAUAAUAUAAUUAUUAAUUUCUAUGAAUCGACUAUAGUAAAAUAAUACACUUAAUCACUUUAUUUAUCAUAAGCAUAACAUAACACCAUAGUAUGGUCUAAUCCACAGCUGACUUUUCUGGCAAGAGCAGAAAAUGCAACUUUAUAAGGAAAGAAUUGGUCUCGUUGGUGUCCAAUACCUAAGCAUCCAUACCUAUUACGACCCCAAAUGUACAAAUGACAGCAACUAUUAAUAGCAGCCAGGUGGCUAAGCCCACAGGAAAUAGAGCAUACUUUAACAUCUGGCUGGUAUACAUUACAACCAAAUAGAGUUUUGGGUAUCAUUACAGGAUUAUCUGAUUUCUGUAACGCUGGACCGCAGCCUAAAAUACCAUAUCCCCAAACGAACACUUCUCCAGAUUCAGAUAGUACUGCACAAAAAGAACCUCCUGCAGCAAUAUCAAUAAUUUUGCCAACACAACUGAGCUUCUUUAAUAGAGCAGGACAAUUGAGUUGAUGAGUGUCCUUAUCAUCACUUAACUGUCCAUAUUCACUACUUCCCCAGCCAAACACUUCACCUUUACAAUUUAAUGCUAAAACAGUGUCACUUCGGGAAGCAAUUUUAAUUAUUUUUUCGUCUUCCAUUUCUCCCCGAAUUUGAGUAGGCUGAUAAAUUAUAUCAGUAUUACCCUGGCCAGUUUGACCAUCAGCUCCCCAACCACAUGCCCAUACUUUUCCCUCAGUGGUUAGAAAUAACGUAUGAUCUUGUCCACAAACAACAUCACAUAUAGCUUCAUUACCGAGACAUGGUAUCCUGUUAACCAUACAGCUCCCAUGCAAUUUAUCAUCGGGUAUUACCUCUCUUCCACAUUGUCCAUAGUUGUUAGAUCCUAAUAAAAAUACCCCUUCUUUAUCAGUCAAAACAGCUAAGUGGGCUCUACCUGCAGAAAUGGCAAUAACUUCAGUGCUGGGAUUUUUCAAACCAAUAUUAAUGGGUAUAGGUUUCAGGAUUAUUUCCAAAGGUUUUUGUUGUGCUGAAAGAUGAUAGCCUAUUUGAAAAUCAGUAUUUAUUCCACAGCCAUAAACCUUGGUGGUGUCUUUAGAAGAAACAGAUAUGGCUGUAAACCCAUACCCUGAAGCCACAUUAGUUACAGUUUUUUGUUCAGCAAAAGCAUGUCUCACUGGUUUUAAAAUAGACUUUUUCAACUUUUUACUUUGAUCGUUAUGCAGUCCCAGUGCUCCAUGUUCUGAUAGGCCAAAAGCAUAAAUUCUAUAGCCGGUGUUUUGACAUGCUUGGUUAUGUGACCUUCUUCUCAGAUAAUUGACAAAUGGGAAGCGAAAACAAAAUAUUAUUUGACGGUGAGAUUUAGAUCUUAACAAAACACCAAUAUUACAAAAUUCCAUAACAUACUAAACUUAAUCCGAACGAAAACAAACAAGCAGGACCAAAACACAUGUGAUCACUUAAUAGAAUCGAUUAUCGACUAGGCGCGUCGUUCACGAAGCUGGGUUUAAGCUCAUCGUUGUACUUUUGUUUUCAUGUGUAGUGUUGUUAAAGCUUUUUUCAAGUUUUAAAAAAGUUGGAAAUUGCAUAAGUUGUGCUGUUAAAUGUGCUAUUUUUAAAAUGGGGGAUGAGAAUGUACAAAUUGAAUGGGGAAGUGAGAAGUUAGUAAAAGCUCAGCAGACCAUCGAUGAAAAUAAAUGGGAUAUAGAAGCAUGGGGAGUUCUCAUAAGGGAAGCUCAAGGAAGAUGGAUUAAUGAUGUUAGACCAUUUUUUGAAAGGCUUGUAGCCACUUUUCCUACUACAGGUCGUUAUUGGAAAAUAUAUAUAGAACAAGAGAUGAAAGGGCGAAACUUUGAACGUGUAGAAAAGUUAUUUCAAAGAUGUCUGAUUAAAGUUCUUAACAUUAAACUGUGGAAAUUGUAUUUAGCAUAUGUGAAAGAAACUAAAGCAGCUUUACCGACUUUUAAAGAAAAGAUGGCACAAGCGUACGAUUUCGCUUUAGAGAAAAUAGGUAUGGAUAUUCAAUCUUAUAGCAUCUGGAAUGAUUAUGUUACCUUUUUGAAAGGAGUUGAAGCUGUUGGUUCGUACGCAGAAAAUCAAAAAAUUACUGCAGUUCGAAAAGUAUAUCAGAGGGGAGUGGUAAAUCCCAUGCUAAAAAUAGAAAACCUGUGGAAAGACUACAUGGCUUAUGAACAAGGUAUCAACCCGAUUAUUGCCGAAAAAAUGGCGAUGGAACGAAGUAGGGACUACAUGAAUGCCCGAAGAGUAGCGAAAGAAUUUGAAGCCAUUACGAGAGGUUUAAGUCGAAGCAUACCAUCAGUUCCUCCAACUGGCAGUCUAGAAGAAUUAAAACAGGUUGAACUUUGGAAGAAAUAUAUUGCCUGGGAAAAGAGUAAUCCUUUGAGAAGUGAAGAUACAGCUUUAGUUACUAGAAGGGUCAUGUUUGCUUUUGAACAGUGUCUACUUUGUCUCGGUCACCACGCUGAUAUAUGGUAUGAAGCUGCUCAAUUUCUCGAUUACAGUUCGAAAGUUCUUACUGAAAAAGGUGACGUUACCUCUGCAAAAUUAUUUAACGAUGAGGCUGGUAAUAUGUUCGAAAGAGCAACCAGCACCGUCCUUCGAAACAAUAUGUUACUUCAUUUCGCUUACGCAGACUUCGAGGAAGGACGCCUCAAAUACGACAAAGUACAUCAGAUAUACCAAAAGUUUUUAGAGCUUCCAGAUAUAGAUCCUACAUUGACUUAUGUUCAAUACAUGAAAUUUGCCCGGCGAGCAGAAGGCAUUAAAUCUGCUAGGAACGUAUUCAAGAAAGCCCGAGAAGACAACAGAUCGAAAUAUCAGGCAAAGGAUAAUAAUACUAGAGUGCUAUUUGAAAGAGUUCUGACAUCCGGCAGCUUAGAACCAGAGAAAUCUGUAGAGAUUUGGAAUAGAUUUUUGGAAUUCGAGUGUAACAUAGGUGAUUUAGCCAGUAUCGUUAAAGUUGAAAAACGAAGGAGUGCUGUAUUGGGAAAGAUACGCUCGCAAUAUCGAGCAUUGUCUCGUAAACGAAACAAUAUCAACCUUGAUACCCAACCUCAACAUCCCCUCCUUCCUCAAAGUAUCAUUCCUCGAUUGCUUGAGUGCUUCAAUGAUGAAUUGUAUGAACAGAUUGCUGAAUUUGAAGGUAAAGAAACAGCCCAGCUUGUUGAUAGAUACAGGUUUCUGGAUUUAUACCCAUGCACCAUUCCAGAACUUAAGUCUAUUGGAUAUAAUGAAGUUACCACUCGAACUACAAACCUUAAAAGCUCGAUCCAUUCGUCGGUGCCUGGCUUCCUCGCAGAUGGCUUAUUGGAUGACGAAGGAACCCAGCGUCUUAUCCCGCGACCCGAUGUUUCUCAAAUGAUACCCUUUAAACCUAAGCUUAGUGCCUACCCAGGAGAACACCCAGUUCCAGGUGGAGCUUUCCCUAUGCCUCCUGCAGUAGGUCACCUGUGUUCGCUACUGCCGCCGCCUCAGUGUUUUCAUGGUCCAUUCGUUGCAGUUGACAGGCUCAUUGAUAUUUUCUCUAAAAUACAGCUUCCUGAUACUCCUCCAGUUCCUCAAGGUGAUAAUGGAUGUGACACCAGACUGUUUGACCUCGCGAAGUCUGUUCAUUGGAUCGUCGACAACGAUGAGGGAGGCACUGUUAAGAGAAGAAAGCUUGGAGAUGACAGUGACGACGAAGAAAAUAUGGCCCCUCCUAUUAAUGAUAUCUAUCGGUUAAGGCAACAGAAAAGAGUGAAAUAGUUUUCUAUUUUUAGAAUCUCCCUUCUUCAUUUAAGAACAAUUUAUUUUUAUUUUAUUUAUUCUGUCAAUGUUAAUUUUUGUGACGACUGAUUUCGCAUACACCCCAUUAUAAACUUAUUUCUUGUUUAUAAUUCAACCAAAAAAUUUUAACAUUUUGUUCUAAAAGUAUUUGUGAUAAUGUGCCUGUGAAGAGUUAUUAAUUUUUUUCACAGGCCUUUUUGAUUAUUAUUAUUAUUUUAAAGAGAGAAAUCAUUUAGAAUAAUUGUAGUGUAUUAUAGAAUUAUUAUUCAAAUUUGAUUUCUUUAAGGAACAAUGAAAUGUAUUUCUUGAAUGUUGUAUAUAAUUUAAAAGCACAGAAUGGAAAUAAAUUAUAUUUUUAUCAUUUUUUUUCUUUUUUCAUAGCAUUUAAAGGUAUUACAAAUAAUUUGUAAUUAUGUGUCUUAUUAAAUAUAAUAUAUUUAGAAAACUUUUCUUUUAGAAAACUAUUUUCUUGAGCUAUAAUUUAAAAAAAAAAAAAUAUUUUAAGGUAUUACAGUGGAAUGUCAUUUAUUUCUCCCUGAAAAUAAUUGGAAUUUUUAAGAGGAAUUAUAUAACCAUUGAAUUGGUUAAUAAUCAUCCUAAAUGUGAAUCUAUGUAAGUACAAAAGGUUUUGAUAUUGGGUUAAUAUAUUAUUUCAUUUUUAUUAACUUUUUCUGUUCGAUAGCAUAUCACUUGUUAGUAAUUACUGAUUACUAAUAUCUCAAUGUGAUGGAUACUACGUUUUCUAAACUUUUUUUUUGGCUCUGCUGAAAAGCUGGCAUUUGUCAGUCUUACAGGUUUCACAUUGAGACAGAUCUAAUGUUUAUUCAUGAUCUCAGACAUCUCUUCUGUAUUCUGUUCAGUGUAGAAGCCCACACCAUUGUAAUCUCGUAAAAUCGAUUUAAAAAACUUCAUCAGAUUCUGUGUAGAGUUCUCCAAUUUAAAAACUCGCAAUUUUAAAAAUUAAACUUUGAGAUUAUAUGUUUUAAAAUAACUGAAUCCAAAUAUCAAAUUUUAAAAGAUUGGUCUACCUCCUGUCCGCAGUUUUUCUAUGUGACAAUUAAACAAUUGUUUUUUCCAGAUUUGUUUAUCCUGCUUCCCGAUGGAAAUUCCUUCUUGGUGUUUUCCUUUUCCAAGUCCUCAUAACUAAGAAUCCUCCUUACAUUCUAGAACUCCUUACUCUACAUUCCUCUAUUCACUCUCUUAAUACCCAAUCUCAACCUAUAGACCUUUAUAUUCCCUCCCAUAAAACAACUUCUUUGAGCAAAUCCUUCGUCAUUUGUGCCACCUCCUUUUGGAACUUCUUAUCUAUCUCCGUGUGCAAAACCACAUCCACAAAUUCCUUCAAACAACUCCUAUUACACACAUUCAAACCUCCGUCAGCUUAUAAGAAUUUUUAGGCUAUGUAAAUACAAUUCCUCACCAAUAGAUGUGAAAAUGAUAAAGAGCCUUUUUAUUUUUCUCUCUGUAUUUUUUGUAUAUAUCUGUAUCUUCUCUUUGUAUUUUUUAUCAUAUCCACUUGUUUGAUUGAAGUAUAUAUUUUCUGAAAAUUCAUUUUUAAUUUAUUCAUUCAAAUGUCACCAAACUCAUCGGCCACUCAAGGAUGUUCUCUGAACUGGACAUUACAAUCCACCAUUUUGUUUUAAAGUGGUGGUGGAUGACAUUCCAUCAGCACAUUUCUCAGCCAUGUAGAUUUAGUGGAAAUAGUAGAAAGUCUAAA